GUGUGUUUGUGCUUGCGGUUGCUUCCUGUUCUACAGGAUUUCACAGGCACCAUGGCCUUCCUAGGAUUUACAGCGACUGGGUUUGUGGUGUUUCAGGGAAACAAGAGGAUUCACCUGCUCAAAUGGGCUGAUGUCAGCAAGCUGAAGUUUGAGGGGAAAACCUUCUAUGUCAUCGGAAUCCAGAAAGAGGUGUCUCUCACAGGGCGGAUGCACUGUAACACAAUGAAGAAACUGGUUCUGACGUUCCACACAUCCACCCCUGCAGCAUGUAAACACCUUUGGAAGUGUGGAGUAGAGAACCAAGCGUUUUACAAGUGUGCCAAGUCCAGUCAGAUAAAGACUGUCUCCAGCAGUAACAUCUUCUUCAAGGGGAGCAGGUUCAGAUACAGUGGUAGAGUGGCGAAGGAGGUGAUAGAGGCCAGCUCUAAGAUUCAGAGAGAACCUCCGGAGGUGCGCAGGUGCCAGUUCGGUCAGAGCCGAAGCUUCAACUCUCUGAGUCACAAGAACCUGAUCAUGAACAUGGAGCCGCUGGUCCCAGCCCUGCCCUCCACUAACGAGUAUGAGGAGACCAUCACAGCAGAUCACGGUCUGUCUGCUCUGAAGGACUCGGUCCACCUGUCCCCCCUGAAGCCCUCGUCCGCAGAGGCGGAGCUCCAGGGCGUGGAGGGCAGUGGCCCCGCCCCCGGACCCCACGCCGGGGAGGAGGAGCCUCCCCCCCGAGGGGAGGGGCUAACCAAAGAGGGGAGGGGCCACCACGAGGAAGAGGAGGACGAGGAAACGAGCGGAGCGCUGACCAUCUCGGAGCUGGUGUACAGCCCCUGCGCCAGCAUGCUGCCCACGCCCGUGGAUGACGGCCACAGGGGCGUCGACUUCCUCUUCCAGAGCCCCGCCCAUAGCCCCGCCCAGCUGCUGAGGGAGCUUCACGCCGACCCCGAGAUCCAGGCUCAGAUGGCGGCCGAGCGGGAGCGCGACCGCGCCUAUGAGCGAGCGCGGCGGGCCGGCCGCAGCGCGCUGAGCAGCGGGCUCCGCUUCCUCGCCGGGAACGAGCGCGUCAACGCCUGCGUGCUGAGCGCUGCCCGCCUCGUGGCGGUGGUCGCCGCGGUGUUCCUGGUCGCCGUGCCGACGCUGCUGCUCCUGCUGGAGUCGGACCUGGACGUGUCGUUCCUCCAUGAGAUCCGGCAGACGCCCGAGUUCGAGCAGUUCCACUACGAGUACUACUGCCCCCUGAGGCGCUGGGUGCUCUGCAGGAUCAGCAUGGUGAUGGAGAGGCUGGGAGUGGACUGAACACACACACACCGGGAGAGACUGGAGACCUAGGAUGGGGAGAUGGAGAGAUGGAGGUGUGGAGAGAUGGAGGGAGGACAUGAAAAGGAGAAUGGAGGAGAUGGAGUGAUGAGGGGGAUCAACGAUACACACUUUGAAACAAUAGGACCUAACACAAAAGGGAUGGAGUGAUGGAGGACAGACAUGAAGAAUGGAUGGAUGGAUAGGAGACUGUUGGCAGGACAGGAAGAGGGGAAGGGGAGGAUGGAUAGAAAGAUAGAGGAGGAGUGAAGUAAAAGGAAGGUUGCUGUCAUUCUGUAGGACACACCUGGAUUCCGCUCUCUCCUGAUGCUGACACACUGAUGGUUUGAGGUGAUUGAGACCGGACCCUGAUUGGAUAACGACGGACAGAUGAAAUCACCUUGAUUGGCUCUGCUCUUAAGAGUCAAGCUUCUGAUUGGCCUCAGACUCUGUCAGUCAUGAUGAAGUGGGCGGCAGACAAGAACAGCCAGCCAACAGCUUCAGCCCAUAGAUCGACGAAAAGAGCAUUAUUGAUUUACGAUGAGAUGAAAAGUUGUUUUUAAUGUUUUGUAAAUUUUUAUGUGAUGCAAGUAUUUCAGGAUUUUUUCAGUCAGAGGAUCUACUUUACCUUUAAAAAAAAAAACACACAAGAAAACCAGUUUAUUGAUGCUAUGGGGUGAGGGGGGUGAGAUGAAGCUAUUUUUGAAGACUACAGCCAAUUGGGUACCUGGGUUUUACUACAGACAAACAGUAGAGCACAAUCUUUUACACCACAGAUGAACUGUCACAGAUUACCUGAUGUCAUUGGAGGACUGGAACAGGAAGAGCGUAUGUGAUUGGUUGACUUUGUCUGUGGCUAGACAGCUGUCUGUGUUACUGAACUCAUGUUGUCAAAAUUAAGACUGCUUUUGUGUGUCCCCUAAAUCUGUUUAACCGAACAACUGGAUUGGCGCCCGUCCCCCCCCGAUUGGCUGCCUCUUUAUUGUGACGGUCAGCCAGCCAAUGGGGGGUGUCCCCUGGAAAACAUUUCCUGUUCUUAUCUGGCCACAACCAAUGAGAGGAUAAUACAUUUAGCUCACCUCAAAAAAUGUAACAUUUAAAUGUGAUAAGUAGUAUGAUGCCUGCUGAAAAUGGGGCCAGUGAUAAGUCACUGAGGCACGGAGAGGAGUGCCUAAUGUCUGUUUAUCCAAUAGCAACGAGUUCAUGAUCAAAGUAAAUCCCCUACAAUUGAGAAUAGUACAUCCAAAGGCCCCCAAACAAGGGCCAAACUUGAGUCAAACUUACCCCAAAACCGUUCAAGUGUUAGUUAGAUGUGUCUGUGUCUGUGAGGAGAGAGAAGAAUGUUUAUUUGGACUUGAGGUACGGUCUAUAAAUGUGGCUCUUACACUCAGGAAAGGAUAGAAGCUGUCUGAUGAUCCAUAUCUCUGUGUAUGUGCGUGCUCCAAAAAAAACAAAAAAAGUACAAGCUAAAACAAUCCAUCUAGCCAUGUAUCAUACUUCCUGUUACAUAUGCAUACAUUAACCUCAUUGUGAAUAUAUUCCAGAAGUCAUAGGAUACUCGUCAUAAUGUAUAUUGUCUACAGGUUUAUAGCCAUAAAUGUUAUGAAAGCACUCGAAACUCGAAAGUGCUCGACAAGGCUUUGCCUCCAGCAAAGAAAACUAACCAAACGGCAGUUAGUGAACUUACAGUAUAUGCAUAGGCUACUAUAUCAGUCUUUACCUCUGUUCUCAAAGUCGUGGAUUUUGCUAACAGCCUCAAAGCCCUAUGCUGAAAGUUUGCCAUUGAGACUUUCUUAUUGAUUAUCACCACAACGGGCCCUCUCAUUUCAGCCUUUGUGUAACCACAGGUGUUGUCUUGUCAUCAUGUGAAGAUAAUUUAUUAUGUGUUCGUGAGAAACAAAUGACGAGGCUUUACCAUAACGGGUUGUUUAUGAUAUGGUAUCAAAAAUGUGAUCUAUUCAACCUAGGGUAGGGCAGGCGUACGAUUUCAUUCCGUCUCCGGUCACGCUCACCACUCCCCGGUUUGUACGCUACUGUUUUCGGCUGUGUUCUGGGCUGGUCUGCUUUGUAUAUACUGUUUUAUAGAAGAGAAACAUGCGUACAGACGUAUAAUCUCUUUAUCUUAUUUUCCUUGUGGCGCUAUCUCUGUCAAGGCAAGGCUAUUGUGAAGUAGCUUCCAUCGUAGAUGCAUGCUUGACGUUAGUGUUAGGUUGUAGUCAGACUCUACAUGGCUGUCUAUUAGAUUACCAUUGCCCAGAAACGUAAAUAGUUUCGCCAGAUUAAUUUCGAAGGAACACAAACUCGGUGCAUCCAUGGCUCGUAUACCAAUGGCUUUUCAAGUAGAGGGAGAUAUUAGGUAAGUAGACUUGGCCUAGCUGUUUUGCGUUCUUUUGGUGGAACCCUUUCUGACGCCAGACGCUGUAACACGUGACCUCACUGCCAGCCUUUAACAAAAACAGUUGUGACAAAGUUAAAACAACGUUUUUUGUUGUUGUUUGGGGGUAUUUUACGGUUCAGUUUAUUACUUGUUUUGGGUUUUUGGUAACUAUAUCAGUACAACUUGUUUGUUGCCAGGCCAAAUGACAAUACACAUUUUGGGAGAAACGAACGCAUCGAUCCACGCUUUCAAUCUCGCACCAGGUGGCUCACAGCAAACAGCUAACUAAUGAAACGAGCAUGAUAAAAAAAAAGAACAUUUAAAAAAAACUACAGCCGUAUGAAUGACAACGACAAAGGCAUUAAACAUUCUGAAAACGAUGGGUGACAUUCUAAGGCCUAAUGACACUGUAGCAUUUAACCGCGUAGCUUCUUGAUCUAUCAGCCGUUUUAUUUCUUUUGAUUGAUUUUGCUUGGAAAAAGUGGAAAACCAUUGAAGAACCUCUUUUUUAAUCCUCUGAAUGUUUCUUAUUUUGUUUUUUUUUACAAACAGCAUUGAGAAUUUGAGAUACAUUGAGUGAUGUCACUUCUGUUAAAAGACUGUGAUGCAAUCUGAUUAUAACUGUGAUCAAAAAAUAAAACACGUGGGCCUAAUCACAAACUGAUGUCAUACCACCAAAACUUUGAUUGAAGUAUCAAAACAUGCAAUCAAGAUGAACACCGUCAAGAUGGCCAUAUGCAACAUAUUGGGGCUUUAUACAGCAUUAACCACAUACAUAUUUAUAUGGGAAAAUGCCCCAUUCAAAUAAUUUCAAACACAGUUUCCACAUCUUCAUGGGAAAUUCCCAUGAAUGUUUGUUUAUUGAAAUGUCCGUGAAAUGUGUCCAUACGUAUGGUAUAGACUACAAAAAAAACGAAGGUGCAGUUUUUUCCCUAGAUUAUGUCAAUGUUGAAUGGGCAUGUGGCGUGCUUGCACGGAUAGCAUCGUAACUCUCCGGUUGCAGUUUAUUAUCUUUCUCCGUUAGUUGGACUUGUUUUGUCAUUUCACUCUCUUUAAAAAAAAAAUAAACAACUCUGGGAGAAUUUGACGGAUAUAAAAAAAAUAUUCAAGCAAGUUGUCCAGCGUUCAGAACACCUGUGCAACA